AUGUCCAAGCCUAUUGUCUUUGAGGGAGCUAGAAACUUCCGUUACCGCUUGGUGCUCGCUACCUUAGCAGGAACUCAGAUCAAGAUCCUGAAAAUCAGAUCCAAUGACAUGAACCCAGGUCUCAAAGACCACGAGGUUUCGUUUCUCAGACUUUUGGAGUCCGUAACUAACGGCUCUCACAUCGAGAUCUCAUACACCGGUACUACCGUCAUAUAUAAGCCUGGAAUCAUCGUUGGUGGCCAGCUCACGCACAACUGCUCAGGAGACAAGCCGGUGGGUUACUUUCUAGAACCUAUGCUAUUCCUUGCACCAUUUUCCAAGAAGAAGUUCUCCAUUGUGUUCAAGGGCCUCACCGGAUCAGACAAAACCAGCGACGCUGGAGUGGAGGCUAUCAAGUGGGGGCUUAUUCCUGUCAUGGAGAAGUUUGGUGUUAGAGAGGUGGAAUUACACAUUUUGAAAAGAGGUGCUCCUCCUUUGGGUGGAGGUGAGGUGCAUCUAUUGUGCAAUUCUCUUAUUGCACAGCCUUUGACUAUUCAUGCUUUGGAUACCCCCAAGAUGUCAGCUAUCCGUGGUGUUGCAUACUGUACCCGUGUUUCACCUUCUAUUGUCAACAGAAUCAUUGACAGUGCUAGAAACGUCUUGAGACCCACGGGAAUUGAGGUCAACAUCACUGCCGAUGUGUGGAGAGGAGAGAACUCAGGAAAAUCUCCUGGUUUUGGUGUCACAUUGGUCGCAGAGCUGAAAAGAGGUUGGAGAAUUUUCACCGAAGGGACCGGUGCUGCUGGCUCGUUGCCUGAGGACUUGGGUGAGAAGGUGGCAUACCAACUUCUUGAAGAGUUGACUCAGUCUACAUGUUUGGGAAGAAAUCAACUCAAGUUGGCGUUAGCAUACAUGGCCAUUGGAAAGGAGGAUGUCGGAAGAUUGCGUUUGCACAAGAAUCAAAUCGACGAGCAGUUUGUGUGGUUCUUGCGUGACAUCAAGAGCAUCUUCGGCACUGAAGCGUUCUUGAAGGACGGAGCUGAGGAAGGUGACAACGACCACAUGACCGUGGCCAUCAAGGGUAUCGGUUUUGUCAGUGCCUCCAAAAAAAUUGCAUAG